AUGGCUCAGCCUGGAAACCCAUGGUUGGCACCAAUAUACCUUCCGGGCAGCGAGCCCUACCCACCUGGAACGACUGAGGAGGAGAAGGAGGGAUACCGCCAGAUGCAGAGGUGGACCAAGGUCGGCGGCGACUUUAUGCACUACUGCCCCACAAAGGUGGCGAUGGCUGGUGGUAUGGGCUUUGCGCUCGGUGGUUUCGUCUCGCUCAUGGGCGCGACAUUCGCGCUGGACGACCCACUGUCGCGUGCGAACCAGCAGCUCACGACGGGCGGCAAGACGAUGGCGGUCGUCAAAGACAUGGGUCGCAACAUGUUGUCGCAAGGACGUGGGUUCGCCAAGGUCGGCGCGCUGUACUCGGGUUAUGAGUGUGUGAUUGAAGGGUACCGCGCCAAGAACGACCACUGGAACGGUAUCGCGGGUGGUUUCUGUGCAGGCGCGACGCUCGCACGCAAGUCUGGGCCGUGGGGUUGCUUGCUGGGUGGGCUGGGCUUUGCGGCGUUCUCGGCCGUCAUUGACCUGUAUAUGCGCAAGGUGCCAACCGAGGAGCCCUAG